CCGGCACACCUUGGCACAGCCCAGCACACCUUGGCACAGCCCGGAACACCGUGGCACAGCCCGGCACACCUUGGCACAGCCCGACUCGGCCAUGCCGCGGUUCAGCCUGGCGGAGAGCAGGCGGUGGGGGGAUCAGUUCGUGCAGUUCCUGUGGGACACGGGCCGGCAGCAGGAGAACCAGCGGGACACGCUGCGGAGCAUCUACACCCAGGAGUUUCGGGGCAGCGUUGAUACCAAAAUACCCAACUUCUCCUGCAUCUUGUACGCGCUGAAGGUGGCUCACCGGGUGCAGCUUCAUGGGCAGCUGGUGCACUUCAAGAAGGAGAAGAAGCGCGUGGUGGUGGCAGACCAGUACCGGAGACCCAGAAAAAAUGCAGAGGCACUGGUGUCCAGGUCUGCCCCAGAGCAGCAGCCCAGCUCUGGUCCACAAGUGUCCUCGAGCUCUGCCAAGAACUGGGCUGAGUUAACCUGUGGGAAGCCCGGGGUGGAGAUUGUCUCAGAGCAUGACCAGGACAAUGGGCACAUCCGCUUCCCCGUGGUGCCUGGCGAGCCCCGGACGGUCACCAUGCUGGUGCAGAACCGGGGGGCAGAGGCGGUGACGCUGCGGCGCUGCCAGCCCUGCCAGCAGACACCAGAGCUCUCCUUUGAGGAUGAGCAGGGGGUGACCCAGGGCCAGUCCCUGCUGCUGCACCCAGGCGGCACGUACCCCGUCCAGGUGCGGUGCCUGACCUCCUGCAACGGGUACUUCCGUGCCUUGGUGAUCUUUGAGUUCACCAAGGAGCCAAACGAGCCCUUCUGCAUCGGGCGCUACAUCACUGCUGUCGCUGAGAGCCAGCUGGCCAAGGACCUGGGGCCCUCGGCACCUUACCAGCCUUACCAGGCCAGUCUCCAGCGCCCUGUCACCGUUGUCACUGAGGAUGGCAUCCCCCCCUACAGCUCCCUGAAAAAUGAACUGGAGAGGGAAAUUCCUCUGCAUCCCUACCAAUACCCAAAAAGCCUCAAGGACACAAUCCUGCGCGGACCCAACUCCAGCUCCACUUGGGCUGCCAUGCAAUCACAGCUGGAGGCUCCUCUGCAGGCUGAUAACUACCAGCAGAAGUUCCAGCUGCUGCUGCACUUGGAGGAGAUCCAGAUGGAGGUGGACAUCCAUCGCUAUGACAUGCAGGAUGUGCCCAUGAUGCAGGACAGGGCGCUGCUAGUCCUCAAUGUGCCUGGCGUGGCUGAGAACCGCCCAUCCGUGCUGAAGGGGGACCACCUCUUUGUCCACUUGAGCAGUGAGAGGGACCACUCCCCGCUCGUCCGGUACAAGGGCUACGUGCACAGUGUGGAGCUGGAGAAGGUCAAGCUGGGCUUCUCCUCCAAGCUGCAGAAGAAGUUUGUGAACAACCUGAGGUUCGAUGUGACCUUCACCUUCAGCCGGCUGCCGCUGCAGGUCCAGCACCGGGCUGCAGUCCUGGCCAUGCGGCGUGGCCUGUCCCGCCUCCUCUUCCCCUCCGCCUCCUGCCACAGCUCCCUCCUCACGGGCACCUUCCAGCCCCGGUGGUUCGACCGCAAGCUGCAGGCGAACGAGGAGCAGUGCAGAGCCGUGACACACAUCGUGACAGGGAUGUCCAGGCCAGCCCCAUACCUCAUCUUCGGCCCCCCUGGGACUGGCAAGACGGUCACUGUGGUGGAGGCCAUCAAGCAGGUAUGGACAUGCUUCAAGGAUGCCCGGAUCUUGGCCUGUGCCCCUUCCAACAGUGCUGCAGACCUGCUGUGCCAGCUCCUCAUCAAGGACAUUGCCCCCCGGUACAUCUACAGGAUCAUUGCCAGCUCCAGGAACUAUCACGAGGUGCCUGCUGAUAUCAGGCCCUGCUGCAACUGGGACGAUGGGGAGAGCUCCUACGUGUACCCGAGCAAGGAGUACCUGGGACACUACCGGAUCCUCAUCACCACACUGGUGACAGCAGGAAGGCUGGUGUCAGCCAAAUUCCCCCCAGGGUUUUUCUCCCAUGUCUUCAUUGACGAGUGUGGGCAAGCAGCAGAGCCGGAGAGCAUGGUUGCCAUCGCAGGGCUCCUGAGUGCCAUGGACCCGGAGACCAACCCCAAGGGGGGGCAGCUGGUGCUGGCAGGAGACCCCCAGCAGCUGGGCCCUGUCCUGAGGUCACCACUGGCCAUCAAGCAUGGCUUGGGCACCUCACUGCUGGAGAGGCUGAUGCUGCACAAUCCCCUGUACAAGAAGUCCAGUGGAGGAUAUGAUCCACAGUUCGUCACCAAACUGCUCUGGAACUACAGGUCCCACGAGGCCAUCCUUAGGAUCCCCAACGAGCUCUUCUAUGACAGCGAGCUGAGGGCCUGCGAGAGUGACACGCUCGAUGUCCGGAGUCUGUAUUGCACCUGGGAGGAGCUUCCAAAAAAAGGUUUCCCCAUCAUCUUCCAUGGGGUUUGUGGGGAAGACCGUAGAGAGGCCAAGAGCCCCUCAUUCUUCAAUACGGCCGAGAUCGAGGUGCUGGUCCAAUACCUCAAGAAGCUGCUGAAGAGCCAGGGCAGGGGCGGCUGCCCCAGCGUCUCACCCAAGGAGGUCGGCAUCAUCUCACCCUACAGGAAGCAGGUGGAGAAGAUCCGGAAAGCCAUCACCUCCCUGGACCCCGACCUGCGGACACUGCCGGACAUCAGCCUGCUGAAGGUGGGCUCCGUGGAAGAGUUCCAGGGCCAGGAACGGCGAAUCAUUCUCAUCUCCACUGUGCGCAGCUGCAGUGGGUACCUCCAGCUCGACAACACCUUCAAGCUGGGCUUCCUCAAGAACCCCAAGAGGUUCAACGUGGCCAUCACCAGAGCCAAGGCUCUGCUGAUAGUGGUGGGUAACCCGGCCGUGCUCAGCAAGGACCAGCACUGGCAGAGGUUCCUCAGGUACUGCCGGGAGGAGGGCGGCUACACGGGCUGCCCCUACGAGGAGAGCCCAGCAGAGGACGGGCUCGCUGCUGAGCUGGACGCGCUGCAGCUCAGCCCUUAGCAGCCAGGAAACCUGCCUGGGAAAGGAGAAGAAGCCCUGAGCAGCUCCAGCCCCCUCAGCCUGCCCCUGUACUGCAGCAGCUGCCCACUCUCCCCUGCCUUGCUCCUGGGGUGCCCAAGGCCGGGUACCCCUGUGGAGAUGAGGCUAAGCCCACCAGGCCAAGGGGGUCCUGCCAGCCACGAGCCCCAGCACAGAGCCAGGGCAGCCACCUCCCCUCGCAGAGUGGGACCACACCAGCACUGGACUGGGACUACUCUCCAUUUUAAGCAGUUUUUUGACAUGUGUAAAAGCUAAUUCUCUGGAACUGGUCUCACUGUUCAAUGAAUGGCAUAAGCAGGAGUUCAGCCUCCAAAGAGCAUCUCGGGGGUGCAGGGGAGCUCAGUGCUGCUGCCGUGGGUGGCUGGGGGCUGGCAGUGGGCAGGGACCCAGCUGAGCUCCCCUGCCACGCAGCUGCCUGGCCAAAAGCUGACACAGUUGCACGGGCAUACUUCACUGUCUUUCCCUGGAAUAAAGGU